GUGCGGGCUCCUGCUGCACACACGCGAGAAGACACUUUUAAACUGCCAGCUGGCUGCUGGGGGUGCGCUGGAUGGGACGCAUAUCAAGUAAGGCGGUGGCAGUGGCUUCUCGCAGCGUUUGGAGCACCGACCGCGGUACGACUCACGCUGGCUUGGCUUCGCUUGCUUGGCUUUAGGAAACCGCCGCGAGUGGGUGUGUGCGCUCCGGAAAUGCUGAGCGGCUGAACUUGAUAAAGCGGCGAUUUCGAGACGGAAGUGCCGGUAAAUAUUCCCGAUAUGGCCGCAGAUUCGUGUUACAUGAUGGGCGUCUUCCGGAUGGCGUGACGGAGCUGACUGCUUUACUUUGCUCUCUGUUUUCGUGCCUUAUUUUCAUUUUAACGGUGUGUGUACCGCGUUUGUGGAAGCCCCAGAAGUGUGCCUUGUUUAGGAUGUGCGCGAUCAAUAGAGCAUACGACCAAGUGUUCAGGAAGUCGAUGACGUGUGACUAAUACGGAAGAGAACACGGCACGUCGUAAGGAAGCGCCUCAAGGAUAUGAUCCUGCGUGAAAUAAGUUGUUAACGCCAAGGAUCAGCUGGAGACUACCGCACGCAAGCUUUUGCAACUUUAGGUUUUUAUACUACAAGAUAAUUUAGGGUUUUAGGAGAAGGCCACACGGUUGCUAUUGGGUGGAAAGGGUUGACACACAACUCCAGAGAAAGCUUCGGCGCAAGCGAUAUUUUUACAGCUCCAGCCCGCUGACACGUGCACGUUACCUUAUCUCGCUUUAAGCCCCGUUAAGACGCAAAAACAGUCGCAGUGCUCUUCGGUGCACUUGGCUUGAGUUGACCUCGUUAGGCACGUGCUACUUGUUACAUAACUUUGAUCGUUACAUAUCACUGCGUUCUGUGCGACAGGAAGAGGAAGUUACUCUUGAAUGCUGCAAGAGGCAACCUUAAGGAAGCAGAAUAUACUUCCGCGAACCGACAGCGAAACUACGGAGACAUUGACCCAGGCAGCGUCGUACAUGCUUCCGAAGAAUAGACGAUGUGGGAUCCUCGGCGUCCUUCUUGAUUUCUGACCUACGUGCUUAGUCUAAUAGCGUUUGCUUUUACGCGAGCCCGACCUUGUUCACUGCUUGAAAGAUACACCGCGGUGUGAGCUGCCGUGCGUAGCCGGGUCGACGACUGGGUGCCAAUCCGGAACAUCCUCGUUCCAAGACGCUCUCAAGAUGAGGCAUCGCGAAUCCUCCUGGAACAGACGGCAUCACGGUCCCGACGGACCGUGGGCUUGGCUCGUGGCUUCGGCCGCAGCCUGGAAUCUCUUCUGGCUCAGCCUCCUGCGUCGUUCGGGCGGCGUGAUGUUCGUCGCCCUGGUGGCCGCCUUCGGCGAGAGCCGGGAGAGGACCAGCUGGGUCAUCAGCCUCAACAUGAGCCUCGCCAUGCUCUUAGGUCCUGUAUGGGGCCUACUGACAAAAUUCCUGUCUCUGAGGACACAGACCUUGUUGGGCUGUUUUAUCGUUGGCGUGAGCAGCAUCCUGUGCUACUUCGCACGUUCCUUGACAAGUGUGAUCGUCCUGCAAGGCGUCUGCGGCGGAAUAGGCCAGGGAAUCGUGAUGCCGACCAAGGAUCUGCUCAUAGGCUACCACUUCCGGAAGUACCGCGGUUCGGCCAACGGCAUCUACUUCAUCGGUGGCACGCUGGCGGCAUUCCUCUACCCCAUGGUCCUGCUGCUCCUCGUACAGGAGUACAACCUAGCCGGUGCAUUGCUCAUUACGGGAGGCCUCCAGCUCCAUGCGCUCGCCGGAUCCCUGUUCUACAGAAAGCCACCCUGGGCCCAAGCCCAGAACGAAACAGAGGCCAGGAGAAACAGCGCCGGACUGAAGGCCAGGGGAGACGGCAGGUACAGCACUGGACGUCAGGUCUCGAAAUCGUCCAAUAGCUCCAAGACAGAAGAAGAGCGUACUGUUGACAACGGCCACGUCUCACACUUCGUCGAUGGAACGUUCUCGAGAGCGCUGGCGCCCUGCGAGAAUGGUGACGCCACGGAGUGUAACGGUGCCGUCGGUGUUGCGGACGUUGUCCGAGAAGAAGGACAGCACGGCGACGGCGUCCUGCGGAACGGUGCCAAGUACGGAAGCCAGGAAACCAAUCGUUCUUCUGCAACCGCGAGUGCAGCCGCUGCGUUGCUAAGCGACGAGGCCGGAGUAGCCGUAGAGGAGGGCGCAGCGACCGCUGUCGGCCGAACGGAUAAAGACAGGCGAGCAUCGUCAGCUAGCUCCCGCCACUUCGGCUUCCUCAAGUUCCCGGUCUUCUACAUGAUCUUCGUGACGUGCUCGUUCAGUGCCUUCUCGAUGUUGCCGUUCACGAUCCUCGUGGACUACGUCAAGGAGAGGGGGUUCAGCGCCCAGGACGGCGCCAUUUUGUUGUCGGUGAGGGCCAUCGGGGACGCCAUCUCGCGUCCCAUGUCGGGCGUGCUCUCCGACAGGGACCUGGUCGACCGGCGGACGCUCAUGUGCGCCAGCAAGCUGACCGUGGCGUUCGUGUGCGCGCUGCUGCCGCUGGCGACGCAGUCGUACGCUGCGCUGCUCGUGCUGUGCGUGCUUCUCGGCUGGAGUACCGGCACCGCGGUGGUGCUCUUCGUGCCCAUCAUGGCCGACCGGGUCGGGGUGGCCAGCCUGGGGCUGUCCAUGGGGUUCUGCAGGUUCGCCAUGGGUGUGGGUCACCUGACAUGUCCGAUUAUAAUCGGGCAUUUCAAGGACGAGCUCGGCUCCUACGAGGGACUGUUCUACCUCAGCAGCAUUGUCACCUUCUUGGUGGGCUCGCUGUGGCUGGUGGACGCCCUUCGCAUGGUGGCCAUCCGUAGAAGACGAAGGCGUGCCUCGGCUGCAGUACGCUGGGACGCAGUGCCGACAAGUGAACAGCAGGGUUCUGCAGUGCAUUCGUGACAUCUGUUACUCUGUACCUUUUAUGCAUAGUUUGUUCCAAUGACUGAAACGUUUUUAACAAUGCAAGUGGCAAGGCCGAGGUGCCCUCCGCAGCGCAAUUGUACCGCCAUCAAUUACAGAAGGACGUCGACAAGUGUCGUCCAAUAUUCUGUAGUGUAGCGCAAUGCAAGUUGCGCGGAUUACAGUAUUAUGUUUUCUUCAUUGAGUGAAACAAAGACAGCAAACAGAGAGGCGCUGGAACUCCCAUGGUAACUCUCAUACAUGCGCCAUAUUCAGCCGGGCAGUCAUGAUUACAAAUGAUAAGAAGUGUUCCAUGGUGUCUCCCUGUUACCUCUCGCUCUGUAUCUUGAUGGCGUGUUGCAUGCAGUGACUGAAAGAGAAACAUCCAGGCUUGGUGUCCUGCCCGACAUAAUAACCUCGCUGCAUUUCGUUAAAGGCAUUGUAGGCCCGCGCCCAGCAUGUCUUGGAUAGUUCUGGCACGAUCGCUUUUGCAGCACGGCCCGCAUUCGCGGUUGAGUACUGACGCUAAAGUUCGUCAACGUUGUCGGCAAGAACAGGCACCGGCCAAUGGUCAAAGGCAUCACAUCAUUGUCUAAAUUGAAUAAUGACAGAAUAAUGGAAUAUUAGGAAAGAAUCCAUUUGUUGAUUCGGCUCUUUAGCCCAUAUUCACAACAGAACACUUACGCUGCGACUAAGUAAAAAUACGAGAAGGCAGCCGGCCCAAGAACAAAGAUGACUUGCGAACGAAAAACUUUAUGAAUUAGGCCGCUAUUGAUAGAAUUUCCCAGUAUAUCAAUAGAUCUCCAAUUAACCAUGUCCUGGGUAACUGGAGAUCGCAGGGAGAGGCCUUCGUCCUGCAGUGGACAUAAUAUAGGCUGGUGAUGAUGAUGAUGAUGAUGAUGAUGAUGAUGAUAGAAUUUCAGUGCCUGAAAUAAAUAUUCAGACAGAGGGUCCUGCUAAAGUGAGGCGCUAUGUGCCAAGUAAACAUACACUUUCUAAAGGGUCCUGCAGUCAACUGAUCGGGAGUUUCCUGCAGCGUCUUCGUGUCGUACCUAGCAGCGAACCACCGUUCUCCCGCAAACGGUGCAAGUUGUGUGGCCUGCCUAGCUGGCAAUGUGCCAGCUGGUGCGCUGUUCUAUAACUGAAUUUCAACAAGGGGGCCAAGAUUCAAAGAUCUUCAUCGAUUCGAGGAGGCAUCGCUUUUUAGUAAGGCUCCUCGGCGAUUCCUACGAAUGCCUUAGAAACACCCACCGCUUUCAGUGCACGAACGCUCGAACUACUACUCGCCAAACUACGUGUCCGCGUUUCCCCCUUCAAAAUUUACCUACACAGAUUAGGUUCCUUCAUGUGCGUUUUCUAUAAUCAGGGCUAUGAAUUUUUCAGAGCAAAGAUUCGUUUGCUUUGUGCCGGUGUUUGGCGUUCACCAUUUUUUCCUCGCCGAACACGGUUGUAGAUAUAUAAAGACCACUUUGUCCA